AUGGACCCGGUCUCGGCCGCAGGGCUAGCCAUCAGUGUCGCCUCGAUAGGACUGCAGGUGUAUACGGGAUGUGUCCAAGGCAUCCAGCUCCUCAUUACCGCCCUGAACAUGCCAGAGGACUGCAAGUAUCUCAACCUGCGACUACGGAUGGAACAACAGAGACUCUUUGCAUGGAGUGAAACAUCGGGCUUGGUGGAUCUGGACGGAAAGAACCAGAAAAGGAUCCUCGAGUCCAACACUUUCAUCCUCCAUCGCCAAACUGUCCUUGACCUGCUGGUCCAGGUCGAGUGUUUGUUCAAGGAGUUCAAAGAACACCAAAAGAAGAACAAGUGUCUCCAGGUUACUUCUGACCGCGACAAUGUUCUCUUGAACCCCGAACGCGAUGCCGCCGAGGCAAACUUUCCCUUGUCUGAGCGAAGGAGGAACUUCAUCAAGAAAGCCAUGGCAAGCCUCCGUGACACUUCGAAAGAGGUGACAACAAGGCUAAAGUGGGUAAGCUUCGACAAAGCCGCCUUUGAGCUGCUACUAUCGCGCUUUUCUGCUCUGAAUGACAACAUGACCAACAUACUCGACGCUCGCAUGCAAGUUGAGAUCCAUCAUACCGUCCAGGACACCAACAGAGGGGUCCUCCAGCUACAUCACAAGAUCGCUGAUCUCUCAAGGCUCGUUAUGGCACUAAACAUCAAACUUGAAGCCAAUGCUCCUACCACACCCAUCUCGCAAAUGUCGGCAGAGCAACGGCGAGCCAAUGCUCAGGGGCUGCAGCUGCUUUCUCAGCUAGCCAAAUUCAAAGCAUUCAAUGAGUCUAUUGAGCCUGAAAAGAAGACCACCCCAACUCCCUUGGAUGAAGCGACAGCCAAGUUCCUUGAACUGGGCAAGCCAAACAAACAAAAAGACCUUUUUCUCGACCGCUCCAUGAUACGGCUCGAUCCCGAUAACGAAGACUCGGAUUUGCCAAGAUGUGAAGCCACUCUUCAAGUCCCAGGCGGUCCCCGGAAGAAGGUCUGGAUAGAGUGGAAGGAUUAUGAUCGUCAAAGGCCAGAUGAUCUUUCACCUCCCAAGGAGGUCAUUUUCGAACGGGUCAAGAAGCUGGCGGCGCUCCUUAACCACACGCCCAAGCCAGAGGAGUUCCGAACCCCCCACUGCCUCGGCUUCUUUGACAAAGCGGCUGGCAUCAACGGUGCGGAAGAUGACGACGAUAUUUGCAAUAUGCGACUGGGUCUGGUGUUUGAGAGGCCACAAGAAGACGACCUGCAUACGUCUUUGCCACCAGUUUCCCUUCAUGAUCUGCUCCAGACGAGCCGUAAACCUCGCGUUACGGAUCGAAUCCGGCUUGCCCAUGCCAUCAGCAACUGUCUUUUCUACCUUCAUGCGGUCAAUUGGCUGCACAAGGGAUUUCGAAGCCACAACAUCAUUUUCUUCCGUACCAGCAGCGGUCAUGUCGACUAUUCCAAACCAUUCCUCUCUGGGUUUGACUUUUCGAGGCCCGCUCGUGCUGACGAGGAGACGGAUAUCCCAGAUGAUGCCGAACACAACCUAUAUCGACACCCUCUUGCCCAAUCGACAGAUCCAGAAGACCGCGAACGGUUCAAAAGAAGCUUCGACAUCUACAGCUUGGGGGUUGUUCUUGUCGAAAUAGCUCAUUGGGCAACCAUCGACCGUGUCCUCGGCAUCAAUAUCAACGAGGCCAGAGUAAGGCCUUCCAUUGCACUAAAGGUGCGUGAUAAUCUGCUUGCUGAAGAUAGCAUUGCCGAGCUGGGGGCCACCAUGGGAGAGAUAUAUGAGCAUGCUGCCCGUAAGUGCAUUGCUGGUGGCCAGGAACUGGGUCUGUCAGAAGGCGAUGAAGAGACCAACGAUGCAGUUGCAGCCCGACUCUCGAUGGUGCUCCACGAGGAUGUCGUCAAGCAACUAGGCGAUAUCCAUGUGUAA